AUGGCAGCCCUAAGUGUAAACAAGGUCGGGUCUGGUGCCGGGCAGGACGGUGGUCGGGGGUCUGGUGGUAGCGGUCGCGGGCCGGCUGGGGUCGCAGUGAAGGUUCUUGAAUGUGGAGUGUGUGAAGAUGUAUUUUCUUUACAAGGUGACAAAGUUCCCAGGCUGCUUUUAUGUGGCCAUACUGUCUGCCAUGACUGUCUUACCCGGCUUCCUCUUCAUGGCAGAGCAGUUCGUUGUCCUUUUGAUCGACAGGUUACUGAACUAGGAGAUUCUGGUGUCUGGGGCUUGAAGAAGAAUUUUGCUUUGUUGGAACUCUUGGAACGGUUGCAGAAUGGACCUGCUGGGCAGUGUGGGACAGCAGAAGAAGCCAUUGGUCUAUCUGGAGAGAGUAUCAUUCGCUGUGAUGAAGAUGAAGCCCACAUUGCAUCUGUAUAUUGCACUGUUUGUGCCACUCACCUGUGUGCGGACUGUUCUCAGCUUACUCAUUCUACAAAGACACUAGCAAAACACAGACGUGUGCCUCUUGCUGAUAAGCCUCAUGAGAAGACCAUGUGCUCCCAACAUCAAGUGCAUGCUAUUGAGUUUGUUUGUUUAGAAGAGGGCUGUCAAGCCAGUCCUCUUAUGUGUUGUGUCUGCAAAGAAUAUGGGAAACAUCAAGGUCAUAAGCAUUCUGUCUUGGAACCAGAAGCAAACCAGAUUCGUGCAUCCAUUUUAGACAUGGCCCACUGUAUAAGAACUUUCACAGAAGAAAUCUCAGAUUAUUCCAGAAAACUAGUUGGAAUUGUUCAACAUAUAGAAGGAGGAGAACAAAUAGUUGAAGAUGGAGUUGGAAUGGCCCAUACUGAACAUGUACCAGGGACUGCAGAGAAUGCUCGCUCAUGUGUCCGAGCCUAUUUUUCUGAUCUUCAUGAAACCCUUUGUCGUCAGGAGGAAAUGGCUCUUAGUGUUGUUGAUGCUCAUGUGAGAGAGAAGUUGAUUUGGCUUAGGCAACAGCAAGAAGACAUGACCAUUCUCUUGUCACAAGUUUCAACAGCAUGCCUUCAUUGUGAAAAGACUUUACAACAGGAUGACUGCAGAGUAGUGUUGGCCAAACAGGAAAUUACAAGAUUGCUGGAGACAUUACAGAAACAGCAGCAGCAGUUUACAGAACUUGCGGACCAUGUACAGCUGGAUGCUAGCAUACCUGUCACUUUCACAAAGGACAACAGGGUACAUAUUGGACCAAAAAUGGAAAUCCGGGUUGUCACUCUAGGAUUAGAUGGAGCUGGCAAAACAACUAUUUUGUUUAAGUUAAAGCAAGAUGAAUUCAUGCAGCCAAUUCCAACAAUAGGUUUUAAUGUUGAAACUGUAGAAUACAAGAAUUUGAAGUUUACUAUUUGGGAUGUAGGAGGGAAGCACAAAUUGAGGCCCCUGUGGAAACAUUAUUAUCUCAAUACACAAGCGGUGGUGUUUGUUGUUGAUAGCAGUCACAGAGACAGGGUCAGUGAAGCACACAGUGAACUUGCAAAAUUGUUAACAGAAAAGGAAUUGCGGGAUGCCUUGCUCUUGAUCUUUGCUAAUAAACAGGAUGUAGCAGGUGCACUUUCAGUGGAAGAAAUGACAGAACUGCUGAGUCUCCACAAACUCUGCUGUGGCCGUAGCUGGUAUAUUCAGGGCUGUGAUGCCCGGAGCGGUACAGGACUUUAUGAAGGAUUGGACUGGCUUUCACGACAGUUAGUGGCUGCUGGAGUCCUGGAUGUGGCUUAAUUUUACAGCA